AAAGUUACGUACAGAUUUUACGUAAUAGGCAACGUGUAGGACUGCGAUUGGAUGGAUGGAUGUGGCAGGGGCCCACACGGGUGAAAAUCAGGGGGGGCGAUAGAUUUGUUAGGCAGGUUACGUAACUCUUAGUAGGUUGGUUUCGUAGGUGUAGUAUUAUUGCUACCAAAAUACUGUACUGCAUAGCCGAUUUCGAAAUUUCCCUCGCAACUGCCAGUCGUCCUCAAGUCCUCCAUUCUGUGUGCUAUAAAACAAGGGCUGACGCGCCGCCCCAUAACGGAAUAAAAGAAAACGGAAGAGUCCGGGGUCGAGAGCAAAUGCGCUAACAUCACUGUCUCUCCUCCUGCAUUCAUUGGAACGGAUAAGGAGUGUUAGAUAGAUCCACAUAGACAGAGGAGAGGCUGAGAUGCAGGCGCCGGCGUGUACCAAUGCUCCGGCGUGCACAUUCCCCUUCGCCACGAUGCAGUCGCAUGGCGUCAGGAUCGCGAGGUCGCACGCCUACGACUGGGUUGCGCUGCUCCUUCUGAUCGCCAUGGAAUGCGUCCUCAACGCCAUCGAGCCGUUCCACCGCUUCGUCGGCGAAGGCAUGAUCGCGGACCUCAGAUACCCGUUGAAGAGCAACACCGUCCCGGUCUGGGCCGUGCCGAUCGUUGCUGUCAUUGCACCUAUGCUCAUCUUUAUCGCCAUCUACAUCUGGAGGCGGAAUGCGUAUGAUUUGCACCAUGCUACAAUUGGUAUUCUGUUCUCUGUGCUGAUCACCGGCGUCCUGACGGAUGCGAUCAAGAACGCCGUGGGCCGUCCGCGCCCCAACUUCUUCUGGCGCUGCUUCCCUGAUGGAAUCGCUGUGUACGACAACAUCACCACAGCAGUCAUAUGCCACGGCGACGCCAGCGUGAUCAAAGAAGGCCACAAGAGCUUCCCAAGUGGCCACUCUUCCUGGUCUUUCGCCGGCCUGGGCUUCCUGUCGUGGUACCUCGCCGGGAAGAUCACCGUCUUCGACCGACGAGGACACGUCGCCAAGCUGUGCGUCGUCAUCCUGCCUCUCCUCGUCGCCGCUGUCAUCGCCAUCUCGCGGGUAGAUGACUACUGGCACCAUUGGCAGGACGUCUUCGCUGGCGGCAUCCUUGGAAUGGUGAUUGCGUCUGUUUGCUACCUGCAGUUCUUUCCACCACCCUCUGAUGACAAAGGUUUCUGGCCUCAUGCACACUUUAGAUACAUCAGCGACAGGGAAGAGGAGAGCCGGAGGCGGCGCACUACUGAAAUGAGCAACAGUGACUCGACCGCAGUUGUCCCUCGGCAGGGUGAGACAGGAGCAAACACGAGCCGCACGUUGGACGCGAUGGAGUCCGGUACGUAGGACAGGGCGAUGGCCCCAAGUACUCCUCCGUUCCCAAAUAUAAGUCUUUUAAGAGAAUUUAACUAGUAACUAUAUGCGAAGCAAAAUGAGUGAAUCUACACUCUAAAUAUAUCUACAUACAUCCGUAUGUUAUAAUUCAUUUGAAAUGUUUAAAAAGACUUAUAUUUAGAAACGGAGGGAGCAACAUGCAUGUAUUGUGGCCUGUGGAUAGAUCCGUUGUCACCUACCCUAAGCCUUGGAGAUCUCAGCUUCGGAGUUCCAAAAUGUAGGGUUGGAAGUGUCACUGAAUCUCUUUGUAUACAUAGUACUACUUUCUUAGAGUCCGGUGCGUAGGACAAGGCAAUGGCCCUGUGUAACAUGUAUUGUAGAUCGAUCACUUGGCAUCUAGUAAAAGCCAUGGAGAUCCAGAUUCCAAGUUCCAAUGUGUACGGUUAGAAAUGUCACUGAAUCUGUAUGUAUAUACACAUGUAAUGUGGAAUCUAUUCCGUUGGGGCCUAAGCCUUGGAGAAUGGAGGUCUAGCUUCCAACU